AAAAUAGCACUCUUUGCACAAGUAACCUGUUAUUUCCUUUUCAACAGUAACCUAAAUAAUAAGGCUUUUGUUUAUUCUAAAAAGCAGGUGUAUAAUUUUUUUCUUAUAAAUAGCAGUCUAUAGAAUUAAUUACAACUGAGUGGAAUUGGAUUUAAGAAGCCUAAUCGGCAUAGCAAAGUAGAUAACUCCAAAUCAAGCUGGUCAUCGAUGCUCAAACGCAAAAAGUCUAAAUUCACUUUUCUAUUCAUUCUCGUAAAACCUCAGACGGAGCACGCAUUGCCCUCUGUUAUCUCUUCUAGAUCUAGAAUCUAGAUCUAAAUGAAAACUGCAGUAUGGAAUUCAAGGUGACAGAGUCUACAAGGCUGAAGUUGGGUUACAAAGACUAAAUUCUGAGCUGUUCAACAUACAGAUGAUGAUCAUGACUACCUCAGAGAUGAUUCUGCCUGUCCCAGAGGACAUUUUAUCGACUUCUGUUGGCAAGGAAUGGUCUUUUUUAAAACAGACUCUUCUCCAGAGUACAAUGAAACACCCUGAUAAUGAGUAUUGCCAUGGGUGGCUCUUUCCUGCCUUAGGUGGAAACGCAGUAGAGAGUGUUUUGAACAAGUUCACCAAGGAUGAAGCAGAAAGCUUUCUCAAAGUGUGUCACAAGAUUGAAGACGUUCUCUUUCCUAAUGUGCUGUUGAUGUACAACAGGGUCCGAUUUUUCAUGUGUGGUCGUGAUGAGAGUGAAAGUGUGGCAGACCACAUCAAUCGAUUAGUUUUGCUGUACAAGGGGUGUGAGUUUGAUGAUCCGCAGAAGAUUAUACUCAAAGAUGUGAUCACUGACAAAGUGGUUGGUGUAGAUGCCUCUCAAGUACAGAAUAUCCUGUUUGGAUGUGAUCCAUGGCUUACUCGCUUAUCAGACACACUUGCCUCUAAAUCUGUUGGAGAUAAAAAUGAACGAGAUGGUGAAAAUGGUGAAACAAAUUUUGAACUUUGUAAAGAUCAUGAAGGACUUGCAAGGCAAGAAGUCAUCAACUCAAAUGAGCAGAUUACAAAAGAGGAUUUACAAGUCACGCUUCCUGUGAAUCACGAAUUUGAUUCGAAGGGAAAAGAAAAACUUUUGCAAAAUCAAAAUCCCUCUUCUGUUUUAAAAAUAGAUUCUGUAAAUGGAUCUAAAACCUCUUUGAAAACUGACAUGAGAGGUUCUACCUGUAGGCAAAGUCUGGUGGCUGUUGACAUAAAAUCCUCUGAGGAGGCAGUCCCAGGCAUGGAUAGGCCUAUUUCAAAGAAAGAUAACAAAGGUCACUCGACUAAAAGGAAUGCUGUUGCUAGCUCCACUCCCUCGGUCAGAAAUGAAACAAGUGCACGACCUAAGCGCAAAGUUCAAAUUCCCAGCAGACUCCAGUCAGAUGAAAACACACUGAAAUUACUGAGGUUCAACGAACGGUCAAGGGACAUUUGUGAAAAGUCGUCAAAAUUAGCUGAGAAAAUCCAUAAAACAUGUGACGUUUCCAUGUCAAAGAGACUCUUAGUAUCUGACUUUAAGGAUGAGAAUGCUUACUUCGACAGUGCCAGUACCACUCGAGAUAAGACUGUCUCUACCAGACCAAUAUCAUUCGAAUCUCCUACAGGUGAUGAUGUUGAGCGUGUAAAGUUGUCACGGACUACAAAGACUCCUAAACACCACCCAUGUUUUAAGUGUGUCCAGUGUGGAUUGAAUUUCAAAACUCUUUCAUUGUUUAAAAGGCACAAAUAUUCACAUAAGGGGAAGAACAGCUUUAUUUGUACAUUAUGUAAAGCAAGUUUUAGCUCGCACAGUAAUCUAAUCAGGCACAGAAAGACAGAGCAUGAUAAAAGGGAUGACAAGUUUAGUUGUCCUACGUGUGGUAAAUUGUUCACUUCAGCUCUGACUCUUCAGGCGCACCAAAACGUUCAUAACGUAGAAAGGCCAUUCAAAUGUAAAUUCUGUGGUAAACCAUUCAGGUGGAGAGUGUCGCUGGAGUACCAUCACAGAGUUCACACAGGUCAAAGGCCCUAUUCAUGCAAGUUUUGCGACAAACGUUUUUUUGAUAUCAGUAGCUUGCAAAAGCACCUGAGAAUCCACAGCAACAAGAAGAAUUUCUCAUGUGACUUGUGUAACAUGAAGACAAGAACGUUGACUGCCCUGAAGGCUCAUGUGCGCAAGCACCUGGAUAUUUCAUGCGUUGGGGAUGACCUGAAGCGAUACUCUUGUGAAGACUGUGGGAAAACGUUUAAAAACAAUGCUAGUCUUAAAUGCCACAAAUUCAACCACAGCGGAGAAAAGCCCUACUCUUGCGAGGUCUGCGGAGCCACUUUUGUUUGGCUGGCAGCCUACAAGCGCCAUUGUCAGACACAUACAAAUGUAAAGCCGUACAAGUGUGAUAUUUGCGGAAACUCUUAUGCCGAUAAAGCUUAUUUAAAGAGACAUAGACUGGGGCACAGUGGAGAGAGACCAUUUAAAUGUGAAGUUUGCUCUAGCACUUUCGUCACAGUUUUCAAUCUGAAACAACAUUCCAAGAUUCACUCGAGUGAGAAGAAGUUUAUGUGUGAGGUUUGUGGGGCUUCCUUUGUGAGGAAGUGUUACCUGUACAAGCACCGUCGCAUACAUUAUGGGAAGAAAACCCAUGCCUGCGACCAGUGUGACCGGAAGUUUUAUGAGCCACAUCGACUGAGAGACCACAAAAAACGCCAUGAAAAGGCUGCCAAUCGACUGAAGAAACGUUACAUCUGUGAGGUUUGCGGCAGAGUAUUUGCCAAAAAGGUUUAUCUGACAAAGCAUGUCAUGACCCACACAGGUAAUAAGCCGUAUGUCUGCCCCAAGUGUCCGGCAAAAUUUGUCGACUCUUUCAAAUUGAAGCGCCAUAUUCGAACUCACGACAAAGGCACUGCCAGGAAAGUACGCUCUCAGUGGCAAAAUGGAGCGCACUCAGUGUCCACCACUGAAGCUGUGAUAUCCAACCUUACAGCGCCAAAUACCGCUCAAACGGUUGUCGGAGCUGCAAGUUCACAGUCGGAGCUUGAACACGUGGAGAUACACAUUCAAGGCGUGAAGGAAGAGGUAGAGAAGGAAAUCAUCCAACUGGUCAGCGGGGAGAAAUUGGGCUCUGACCACGCUGUAGUGCAGGAAGGGGAGAUGAUUCAGUAUGUGGUGGAGCCGAGCGUUGAGUCCAGUGAUGCGUUGCAACAGAUUAUUGUUAGACAUGCUGGGCUGCCAGAACAGUCGGAGGACUCUGGAGAGUACAAGAUAAUCAUUGUAGAAAUUCCAUGAAUUCCACAGUCAGAGAAGGUCUUCUUAGUUUCUGUCAAAGUAAAAGUUUUAUACAGGCACUUUCAACACAAUUAGGUCACGUACAUAAGUGCCAAAGAUUAGAGGUGUUGCAAGAGAGUAAUUACAAAGAAAAAAAGGAGGAGAGAUGAUGACUAAAAAGACGGAUAGGAAAGAGGAGCAAAACCAUACCAGAGCAUCCAUGGAGGAUGUCUUGAUUUCGCAAGAUUAUCAUUGAGAUUCUAUGAAUUUAACAAGUUUUAGAAUGGGAUCAGUUCCUUGAGUUGAUUAACAAAGGACAAGAUCUGUAAAAAUCUCAAGGGGUCAGUGUAAAGUUUCUGUAAUUUCAUGAGUGAUUUGUCAGAUUCAAACAACAAAGUGUAAUAGUAAUAGAGUACUAUUUGUAGAAAGUAGGAAUUCCUUGAGAAAACAUAAAUAUUUUUGUUCUGGUUUUAAUUCCUUUAAAAAUCAUCAUAAUAUAUUGUAGAGCUAAAUGUAAAUCUUGCUGAAUGAUUGAAUGGGUUUUUCUGAUGUUGUGUGCAAUCUAUUUCUUGUUUAUCAUAUGAGAGAGAGAGAGAGGGGGAGAGAGAGAGAGAGAGAGAGAGAGAGAGAGAGAGAGGGAGGG